AUGUCCCAAAACCAAGUGGUUUUGGAAGGUUCCAUUGAGGGUGUACACCUCAACAACCGAGAGGGUUUCCUCUUGGUUGUUGAAGAUGUAAACCCUCGAGGGCUGGGAGGAAUCCUCUUGGCCGUCAAGAGUGUAUACCCUCAACAACCGGGAGGUACACUCUUGGCCGUUGAGGGUUUACAUUCUCAACGACCAAGAGGAAACCCUCUCUGUCCUGAGUUGCAGAGGUGGCCAAGGGAUGCUUCAGGAGGGGGAACUGUUCUUGAGGCGCUCAUAAAGUUGGUGGAGAGGUGGUGGAAGAGUGCUGGGGAACAGGUGUUGAGUUGGAAGGGUGAAAUUCAGAUCGCAAACAGCAGAAACAGGGCCAAAAGGCAGGUUGAAACUGGUUGUUGGUGA